AUGAAGUUCAACAAGCAGAAGUGCAAAGUCCUGCAUCUGUGGAGAAACAAUCCCGUGCAGCUGUAUAUGCUGGGGGUUACCCAGCUGGAAAGCAGCUUGGCACAAAAUGACCUGGUGUUCCUGGUGGACACCAAGUUGAACAUGAACCAGCAACGUGCCCUUGCUGAAAAGAAGGCAAAUGGCCUGGUGGUGGCGCCGCACCGCAGGCAUGUUGCGCUGGCGCCGCGCUACCUGGGCCGCAAGUGCACCGGCAUCCGCGCCCAGCUCGACGCCGAGCUUCUGCGCUACUCGGAAAGCCUUCAGGGUGUGCCGGUGGCUUACGACAACAUCAAAGUGGUGGGUGAGCUUGGGGACAUUUACGACGACCAAGGGUUCAUCCACGUGAACAUCGAGGCGGACUUUAUCAUCUUCAGCCCCAAGAAGGGGAAAAAACUGGUGGGUGUAAUUAAUAAAGUGGCCCCUAGUCAUAUUGGCUGCCUGAUACAUGGAUGCUUCAAUGCAUCUAUCCCUAAACCUGAGCAUAUGUUGAUUGUACAGUGGCAAGAGCUGGGGUUAAAAAUAGGGGAUGAACUGAAAUUUCGAGUAUUGCACUUGGAUUCUGAUGCAGCUGGAGUGUUCUUCAUUCGAGGAGGACUCACUAAAAGCAGCAUGAAGCCCAAACCAUCUGAGACUGUUACUGACAGUGCAAAUGGAGAUGAAAGUCAGAAGCUUGACUCCCAGGAAAAUGACUUGAAUGACUCUGGGGGAGAUAAUGUCACAGAGGAGCCUCUAAGUGAGAUGGAUAACACUGGAAGGGAAAAUGCAGAAGAGCAAAGUGUUGAUGCUGUGAAUGGAUUGUGUGAUGAUAAAAACAUGAAGAAGAGGAAGAAAAAGAAAAAGCAUAAGCAAGAAGAACGGGAACAUGCAUUGCCUACCAGUGAUUCCAGUGGUUACCAAAGUGAUCAUAAAAAGUCAAAGAAAAAGAAAAGAAAGCAUUGUGAUGAAGUUGAAGAAAGCGAGUUAUCUCAGCUGUCACAAGAGCCCAAAGCUAAAAAGAAAAGAAAGCAUUGCAAUGAAGGUGAAGAAAGUGAAUUAUCUCAGCGGUCACAAGAACUUAAGGCUAAAAAGAAAAAGACUGAAGUCUGA